CCAUGGAAAGGAAUUUCCAUUUAUCCCUUCUUAUUAUUCAUGUUCUUGUUCUUGUUCCUCUCAUGGUUUCUUGCACUGAUCAGAAACAGGUAUAUAUAGUGUACUUUGGAGAACAUGGUGGAGAUAAAACGGUUCAAGAAAUCGAGGAAGGCCAUCGAUCGUAUCUGCUCUCAGUGAAGCAAUCUGAGGAAGAUGCAAGAGCUUCUCUUCUCUACAGCUACAAGCACAGCAUCAAUGGCUUCGCUGCGCUUCUUACCCCACAAGAAGCUUCCACGCUUUCUGAGAUGGAGGAAGUGGCGUCGGUAUUCCGAAGCCAUCCGGGGAAGUACACGAUGCACACAACGAGAUCGUGGAUGUUUUCCGGCCUGCAAAAAUGGGAGAGCGGCGGCGGAGGGCGGCGGCGACACCAUUCGAUGAAAGAUUUACUGAUGAAAUCGAGACAUGGCAAGAAUGUGAUUGUUGGGUUGCUAGACAAUGGCAUCUGGCCCGAGUCCAAAAGCUUCAGCGAUGAAGGAAUCGGUCCUGUCCCCAAAUCUUGGAAAGGAAUUUGCCAAUCUGGCGAUUCAUUCACCUCUUCUCACUGCAACAGGAAGAUAAUCGGGGCUCGAUAUUACAUAAAGGGCUACGAAGCCUACUACGGGCCACUGAACAGGACACUGGAUUAUCGAUCUCCCCGGGACAGGGACGGUCAUGGAACUCACACGGCGUCCACGGCGGCAGGCCGGGUGGUUCGAAACGUGUCGAUGUUGGGAGGCUUUGCAGCCGGCGCAGCCUCAGGCGGAGCGCCGUUGGCUCGCCUGGCUAUAUACAAAGCAUGUUGGGCAGUUCCAGGGGAGGGGAAAGAGGAUGGCAACACUUGCUUCGACGAGGAUAUGCUGGCCGGGAUCGACGACGCCAUCGCCGAUGGAGUCGAUGUUUUGAGCAUUUCCAUUGGGACGAACGAGCCGUAUCCUUACAAUCACGAUUCUAUAGCCAUCGGCGCUCUCCAUGCCGUCAAGAGGAAUAUUGUAGUGGCCUGUAGCGCCGGAAAUUCUGGCCCUUAUCCAUCCACAUUGUCGAAUCCGGCGCCCUGGAUUAUCACUGUCGGCGCAAGUAGCCUCGACAGGGUGUUCGUGUCCCCUGCCGUGCUCGGAAAUGGCAGGAAGAUUACAGGGGAAACAGUAACUCCAUAUAAGCUGAGGAAAAAGAAGAAGUAUCCAUUAGUUCUUGCUGCACAUGUUACGAAUCCUCAUGUUUUGAAGAACCUAUCCGGGCAAUGCCUACCUGGUUCCCUUUCUCCCAAAAAAGCGCGGGGAAAGAUAGUCGUCUGCUUCAGGGGCAACGGGACGAGAGUUGGGAAAGGCGUGGAGGUGAAAAGAGCUGGAGGAGCUGGUCUCAUCUUAGCUAACAGUGAAGCCAAUGGAGAGGAGUUAUCAGCUGAUUCUCACCUUCUUCCUGCUACAAGUGUCGGCUACAAAGGCGCGCUCAAAAUCCUCGAUUACAUCAACUCCACGGAAGCGCCAACAGCGUAUAUAAUCCCGGCCAAGACAGUCAUACACGCCAAACCAGCUCCAUCCAUGGCUGCCUUCUCCAGCCGAGGCCCCAACACCAUUUCCCCUGAUGUUCUUAAGCCGGAUAUUACAGCUCCAGGGCUCAACAUAUUGGCAGCAUGGAGCGAAGCUUCUUCGCCGACAAAGGUGGAUGUUGAUACCCGUGUCAUCAAGUACAAUAUCCUGUCGGGAACUUCCAUGUCCUGCCCGCAUAUAGGAGGCAUAUCGGCGCUCCUCAAGGCAAUACACCCCAACUGGAGUAGCGCUGCGAUUCGAUCUGCUCUGAUGACCUCUGCAGCGAUAACCAACAACGAGGGGAAGCUUAUCACAGACUCCUCCGGGAAUCCGGCAGAUUCGUUCCAAUUUGGCGCCGGACAUUUCAGGCCUACAAAAGCAGCUGAUCCGGGACUUGUCUACGACGCGUCCUAUAAAGACUAUCUUCUCUUCCUCUGCAGCAGCGGUGUUAAAAACUUAGAUUCUUCCUUCAAGUGUCCAAAAAAGGCGCCAAGUCCUCGAGAUCUCAAUUAUCCGUCACUCGCCGUUCCCAAACUCAAUGGCACAGUUACAGCAGCCAGAAUAGUGACAAAUGUUGGAAGCAGGAAGAGUACUUACUUUGUCAGCAUAAGGCCGCCGCCGGGGAUCUCUGUUAAGAUAUCUCCUCCCAUUCUGUACUUCGACCGUGUACACCGUAAGCGAAGCUUCACCAUUACUGUGAGAUUAGACAGAAAUGCUGCGGGGACAGUAGAGAAAGAUAAGUACUUUUUUGGAUGGUACACAUGGUCUGACGGAAUCCACAAUGUUCGAAGUCCUAUUGCUGUUUCUGUAGCUUAG